GGAACGAACACAUGAAGGUGCUUGGAAGGUUAACUCCAAAAAAAUGGCGGACUCUCCUCCUCUAAGAGAUGCGGCCAUCUUUAACAGAAACAGCAUGUACUUGAACAAAAAAAUGCGAUUUUAAAUGUUUAGGAGAAAAGAAAAUGAGUUGUGCAGCUGGGUCCGAAUGAAUUUGGUGUAACAUCAAUUCUGGAUCGCCAUGAAGCAUGCCAUUCAAUGUCUGAUGCUCUUCAGGCGAGGUGACCAGUAUUCUCCACUGUUGGAAUGCCUAAACCUUGUCUGGUCAUCAUCUAGAUGAUGUCAUGACAACCAAAUUGACUACUUAAUGGCAUUUAACAACCAUGAACUUGUUUCCCAGUCUUUCAGUAUGCUUUGGUUUUCCCUUUAUUUUAUUAAAUGAAAUGAAGCAUUUUUUACUAGCUUUCAGUUUCCUUUCACUUAAGCUAUGUCUUAGAUCAGAUAUUAAAGAACUUUGUUCUUAAUAUAUGCUUACACUUGUAGAAUUAUAUUGUGGAGACGAUGAAGAGAGCGACCGUAGCUAUUCUCAUUCUGAACUAGAGAAAUUCUCAGACAGUGAUAGAGAUGAAAUUAAUCAGGAUAAUAUUGAGUGUGAACAAAAUGUGGACUUAGGUGUUGAAUAUGUUGUUUUGUUGAGGGAUGAAGAGCAACUAGCUCUUUGGUGUACUUCACAAAGGUUGGUCUGACCCUAACUUAUCUGAUGAUGAUUCUUUAGAAGAUAGAGACAGUGAUGCUCAAACUGCAAAAAAGCUGGUCAUAAUUGUAGGAAGUGUCUAGAUGAUCCCAAACUUAAAGAUAAGUUGCCUAGAAAGCACCAACAAGAGUUCCUGAAGCCCAAAAAAUGUUGCAGCAGAACAUACAAAACACUGAGGAGCACAUUAACAAAGAGGAUGCCAUUUUGAAUGAAGAAUGUAUAGCAGGUUUUCAAUAUAACAACCCUGAUAUGCCCGCUGGCAAUUUGAAUAACCUAGAUCAUGAUUUGGAGUUGGAUAGUAUUAAUGGAUCAUUUGAUGUUAAUCCUCUACUAGUUCAUGAUGAUACCCUGUCUUGGGUAGAUAUGCCUACUCAAAAUAAGGCAAGUGAAAGAAACAACGUUUGUGAUGGGGGGCAACUCUCUAAUAUCAAAAUGACAAGCUAUGGUGUGAAGUUUGUUUUGGAGCUCCUUACGGUAAACUGAAUGUCAAAAGGACAAAA